AUGAGUGAAAGUAACUUGUCUGCCCAAAUUUCUGAAACUAAAAAAUGUUCUGAUUGUCAUGUGUCAAAGAAAAGACAAAAUUUCUGCAGACUUCGUAAUAACAAUCCACAAUAUGAGCAUGUGACCUGUAAUAUGUGCUCAGAAAGACAUAGUAAAAAAAGACAGGAAACCAAUUCGACUAAGAAAACUAAAGUAGAUACAGACCUUAAUGUAAUAGUUCCGUCCAUUAGCACUUCACUUUCUAGAAAUAAUAAUGCUUCAGAUUUUCUUCAAGUUGACAAUAUCAUUAAUGAUAAUUUUGAGCAAAUAUUAGAAGCAAUAGAAAUAGAAGAGCAUAAUAUUCCAGGUGACGAGAAUGACGAUAAUAAUAAUUCUAAAGCUCUUUCAUACUGCAUGGAUGAAAAUGCAGAGUCAUCUGAAGAGUCCACUAAGUUUGCACUUGAAAUCAAAUUGGAUUCGAAACUUUUAAAUAGCGUCGAACUUGAUCAAAAUAUUGAAACUGAUCUACUAGACUUGAACAAAAUCAAAAAUAGCUUUAUACAACUAGUCAAAACCCUUAUCUUAUCAUUAGAAACUGGAUCUAGAUAUUAUUGGAAUAUAACAACAGAGGAGGGCAAAGACCAGAUAACCAGGAGAUCAAAAAGUAAAAUUAUUAUUAAUAUGAAUGUUCAAUUACAAUGUGCAAGUGUACAAUGUAAACAUUUGUGUGCACAUGAACAACCAUCAUACUGGCAAAUAGAAUUCCCAGAAAAAGCAAAAAAAUGGAUUCAAGAAAACUACUAUUAUCACUUAAGGAGCUCAGAGUUAUACCUCUAUCUUAUGGACAAUAACCUAAUUCAUACAAUACAUAUGAAAAAGCAAACAUACCUUGAACAGUCUGAACUCAUGGCUAGAGGGUUCAAAAUUAUCUCUUACUUUGAUAAUCAUUUCAUACAGGCUUUGGGAUUUAUUACUCCACUGUUUAAUCGAAUUGGUGCACAAAAUAUAAAUGAGAUCCUUUUUGUUGUAAAUGCCAAUUGUGGUGGGUAUGGUAUGCCACUAGCAUACUUAUACUUACUAACAUCAAGUAAUUUAGAAACAGUACAUCACUAUUCAAGUGAUGGAAUCACAACUCGUGUUCAGGUUCUUCAAAGAUUCUUCGCAAGUCUUCAUCAAGAAAGGUUAUUACCUUCAUUUGUCUUGUUAAACAAAGAUGCUGAUGAAAUUUCAGUCAUUAAUAAAAAGCCAUGGUCAAACACUUAUUCUAAGCAAAAGGCAUUAGAAGCUCAUCAACUAUUCGAUUUCAUAGAUCCAUUGUGGUUCCAAACUAGUAGCAUUAAAACCUUAUGUUUAAAAAAUGAAGCUAAAGAAAUAGUAAAUAUAAUUAAAUGUCAUGCAAAUAUGCACCCAUUAAUUCCAAUAGAAAAGAAUAUUUUCUGGACUAUGCCUUUAGCUCGAACUACAAUAAUUACAGAAAGUCACUGGAGAGUACUUAAGUACAAUUAUAAGUACAAUUAUAAUAGGCCCCAGUUAGACCAUCUUACCAACAUUCUUGCUGAACAGCUAAUACCAGACUUCGAUCUCAAAUUAGCCCAAUAUAAUGCAGUUCAAAAUUUUUCAUCUUGGUGGCAAGCCUUCAAAAAAGACUGA